AUGGAGAAAAAGGGAAUAAUUUUAUGCUCUGUGGUGGUCCUUUUGGGGAUAAUAUCAACAGGCGCUGGCUUUGCUGCUGAAGUUACAAGGGUUAAGGCUUCACAAGUUAAAGUAGACGUUUUGGGAGAAUGUUCAUAUCCCAAGAGCCCUGUGCUUGGUCUUAGCUUAAUCUCAGCUGGAACGCUUUUGAUCGGAAAAAUCAUAAUUAAUAUCGCCGCUGGCUGUUUUUGUUGCCGGAGAACCGAUCCAUCUCACAGCUCUAACCACACAAAAGCUCUUACCUUCUAUAUUAUUUCUUGGAUCACAUUUAUUAUAGCUAUCGGUCUAUUGCUAAAAGAUAUUGCACUGAAUAACCAAGAUGAUGAAGUAACUACGAGUGACGGCCGCUACUAUUGCUAUGUUAUCAAACCGGGAGUGUUUGCGGCCGGAGCCGUCUACGCCGCUUUAAGUUCGAGCUUCGGAGUCUUAUAUUAUCUAACCCUAAACUCGAAACAAGAUGAUGCUAGCAAUGCACCGAAUCUAAAUCAAGUUUGCAUAGUCAUGGCACAAUCUCAGUUCGCAUUCGAGAAUCCUAGCUUUGUGCAUGGAUAUGCUAAUAACAAGCAGCAAUUCAGUUGA